AAUGACCGAUUUUGACCAUUAUUUUUCAAACAGUGAUUAUUAACAAGAGUUGAAAACCCCUCGAGUAAAAAGUGCAUCAACGCAAGCAAUUAUGGGUCUGAACCAUUUUAUUGGUGAUGUUUUUGUGGCCAAGUUACUGCGAAAUGGACAUUUAGUCGAAUUAUCACAGAAGGUUAAAAUGAGCAACGAUGCUCAGAAAACCAAAGAUUACAAAAUGGAAAUCGUCUGGAAAAAUGUGGGCAUUUUUGUGCUAAUUCACUCAUUGGCUCUGUAUGGUGCUUACCUAAUGCUCACACUCAGAGUUCGGUUAAUUACCAUCCUUUUUGCUUAUGUAUAUUUAGCGUUUUCCAUUCUUGGGGUCACUGGGGGCUCACAUAGAUUAUGGUCCCAUCGAAGUUACACAGCAAAUUUGCCUUUGAGGAUUCUGCUGAUGAUUGCCCAAACUGCUGCAGUUCAGAACGAUAUUUUUGUCUGGUCCAGAGACCACAGAAUGCACCACAAAUACACCGACACUGAUGCCGACCCGCAUAACUCAACUAGAGGAUUCUUCUUCUCCCACAUGGGAUGGCUGAUGUGCAAAAAACAUCCAGAUCUACUAGCCAAAGGAACCAGCAUCGACAUGUCGGAUGUGGCCAGCGAUCCAGUGGUUCGGUUUCAGAGAAAAUAUUACCUACCCUUGGUGCUGCUGUUGAACAUCGUGCUACCCACUUUUGUUCCGUGGUACUUUUUCGGGGAGACUUUAUGGACUUCUUAUGUGGUUACCAUAACACGAUACGUGAUAUCGGUGAAUGGAACUUGGCUGGUAAAUAGUGCUGCACACAUGUGGGGGGCGAAGCCCUAUGACAGAAACAUCAAUCCGACGGAAAGCGGUUUGGUCAUUGGACUGGGAUUCGGAGAAGGUUUCCACAACUACCAUCACGUAUUUCCAUACGAUUACAAAGCGGGUGAAUUAGGAAACUAUAGGAACAAUUUUACUGCGUGUCUUAUAGAUUUCAUGGCGAAGAUUGGAUGGGCUACUAAUUUGAAAACGGCAUCUCUAGAAAUGAUUCAAAAAAGAGCAACGCGAACUGGCGAUUUUUCAUGGCAAUAUCCUCAAGAAAACGACAAGAAAUCAACUUAAGAUUCAUUUAAACACCCAGAGCACCUGCAAGGGUGGGCUGUAAUGUGAAAUGGGAGAUUUUGAGGGACUUUUUAGUGUGGAAAGCGGAAGUAACCAAGUAGAAUUGGUUUUCCCCAUUACAAUAACCAUUACCUUGGGUGCAAGCGGCAAAAAUAAAUAUUUGUAGAUAA